AUGAACUGCUGCGCCUUUAUACUUCUCUUAGGUUCAGUCUUCACCCUUGGCCAUUGUGCUUUUCCAGCUGGUUCUUGUGAUGGAUACACAAACAAAAGUGACCCAUGGCGCAACCACUACUUCAGAAGUACCUUCAGUGGCUACCCAAACGACGAUGGAUAUUUUGUCAACAAAUGGUGGCGCUUCACAGGGAUUGGUGGAGACAGAAUCAUUAACUUCUGUAGUGGUGGCAGGAUGGGUGGGACCGAAUAUCCUAUUCAUGUUGGAUUUUCAUAUCCAACAACUGAAUCUGCAACUCCAACAAGAGGGACCGCAUAUGGUGUUCAUAGAUUCUGCAGUUCUUACGGGUUUAUAAUGAAUGUGGUCCUCUGUCCCGGGGAUUUCUACAUAUACAAACCAGAAAGUCAUCCACAUGGCAGUAUGGGUUAUGUAACCUAUCAUUCCACGUGUUCUCCAAACUCCUGUGGACCACUUGCUGAGUGUGUUUCUGGGGGGGGUUGUGCUUGCGUAUCUGGGUAUGAAAUCCCUUCAAACCACCAACCCACUGGACAUUCAUACGGAUGCGUUGACAUAGACGAGUGUAUGAGUACUGCUGGAAUUUGUGGUUCUAACUCCAAUUGUACCAACACCAUUGGAGCAUACCGCUGUACCUGUCUGAAGGGAUUCAACGCUACAAAUCCAGCAAUACCGCCUGGAAAUUCCAACAAAUGCAUAGAUAUUAACGAGUGUCUUGACAAUCCGUGUGGAGAUCAUGGAAGCUGUAACAACAAACAAGGAAGUUUUGAGUGUGAAUGCCAUGAAGGCUACCAAGUUGUACCCGACGCAAGACCUAUGUGCCAAGACAUCGAUGAAUGUUUCAACUCCACCAUCUGUGGCCUUGACUCAGUUUGCACCAACACUCCCGGCGCUCAUACCUGUGCGUGUCAACUGGGUUACACGCCGACUCAAACAGACGCAGAGCCCAGCGAGACCAACGUCUGUAUUGAUGUUGACGAGUGUGUCGAAGAGGCUACCAUCUGUGGUCCUGAUGCCAACUGCACAAACUCGAUCGGAUCCUAUCUCUGUACGUGCUUCCCUGGUUAUGGACUAAACAACCCAGGCGUGAUAGCCAGCGUAUCUAACCCAUGCACAGAUAUAGACGAGUGCAGUGAGCAGCUGGGAAUAUGUGGUAAACAAACAGUGUGCACAAAUGUACCGGGGACCUUCUAUUGUUCUUGUACAGAUGGAUUCUUCCCAUCCACAGGAAUUAUUUGGACGUUGGGAGUUUCAUUUUGUCAAAGUCUUCAGGACAUUCUAGAUGAGAUAAAACCCCCAGAGGGACAGACAAAAGAGAGAGCUUUUCUUGGCAAUAUGGAUCAACAACUGAAAGACAACGCAGGGAUAGUCUUACCAGGACCGACCGUGGAAAACAGCUUCUCGGCAUCUAUGGAAGUGUCGGGGGUUGGACCACGUGCCAGGUCAAUAAAAGUGAGUAGCACAGGCGAUGGGGAUACCGGCAGUGUGAUUCUGGCCCUCUCAGACCGUUUAGUGUCGGCGAUGGUGCUUCCAGGUCAGAACCAAACCAAGACCACUGUGAAGAGUUCAACAGUGGACUUAAGUCUUGAAACUAUUGGACCUGGAAACAAGAAUGGAGAGAGGUCUAUUCUCUCAGCUAAAGGAAACACCAUGCAGAUCAACCUGGAAAGUCUUGCAAAAAACAACAAUGAUUCUGCAGCAGCUGGCUUCAUGACAUUAAAUGGAAUGGAGAAUCUCCUCAGUCAUCAAUACUUUAAAACAGAAAACAGGACAGAGAUGUACUCGGAUGUCAUCACUGCAAUCCUGCCCUUAAUGAACAACACCAACCUCACGGAGCCAGUCAAUUUUACCAUCCAUCACAAGAAGCUGGUACCUGAAUCUGGUUUGGUAACCUGUGUGUACUGGAAGGACAAAACCCAGGAGACAGCAACGGGAGCAGGAAGUGACAAAGGAGGAGACGAGACUGAGAUGCAUUGGUCAGUCGAGGGCUGUUGGGUCGCAUACACCGAUGAAAACCACACAGUGUGCAGCUGCUCCCAUCUCUCCACCUUUGCCCUCAUCCUGCAGAUUGGGGAGCCUCCACCAGAGAGUUCUUUCUUAGAUUGGCUAAACCGGAUGUGUGUGUUUGUCGGACUGUUCUUCUUUGCACUGGCCAUCCUCACCUUCUUGCUGUGCAGCUGGAAUCCCAAGAUCAACAACACAGCACGCCUGCACCUUUGUCUCAGCCUCGCUUUGUCUCACCUACUGCUGCUGUGGAAUGACAGAUAUGUUGAAGAUGAGCUGGCCUGCACUGUCAUGGCUGGGCUUCUCCACUUCUUAGUUGUUGCAAGUUUUAUGUGGAUGCUGCUGGAGGCGCUGCAGCUCCACCUGCUGGUCCGGAGGCUCUCUAAGGUGCAGGUCAUCCAGAGAGAUGGCCUCCCCAGGCCACUCCUCUACCUGAUCGGCUAUGGGGUUCCAUUUGUCAUUGUGGGUAUUUCUGCACUGGUGUAUUCUGACGGAUACGGCGCUACGGAGGCGGAGGUGUGCUGGCUUUCACGGACACGCAGCUUCAAUUGGGCCUUAACGGGACCAGUGAUUACUGUCCUUGCACUUAACUGCAUCCUGUUCUGUGCUACUUUAUGGAGUCUAAGACCCACCUUGGCCAACAUGAAGAGCGAUGUCUCUCAGUCCAAAGACACGAGGUUGAUUGUGUUCAAGAUCCUGGCCCAGUUUGUCAUACUGGGCUGUACCUGGAUUCUGGGCCUGUACCAGUCUAAUCUCUUCUUUCAGGUGCUUUUCAUAAUCCUGAACUCCCAGCAGGGCACGUUCCUCUUCAUCGUCCACUGCCUGCUCAAUAAGGAGGUGCGAGAGGAAUACAUGAAAUGGCUGACCUGUUCCUUCAAUAAGCCCAGAGAAGGAGGAUCCGUGAAAGAUGCCCCGUCAGUGUCCGAGGACUUUGACAAAGCUGAAGAACAGACGGGCUAAUGGUGAUCAAAUGAAGACAGAAGAGACAUACAAACCUUGUAUAUGUGUGUGUAUAUGUGUGUGUG